AGAGCAACAUCAAUAUUGUUUUUACUUCUGAUAAAUAAUAUUAUUUGCACUAAAUCAAUAUAUGAAAUAUCAUAGAAUGAAUAUGGAAGAACAGUACUCCUCAUUUGAGAAGACUAUUGAUUAUACUAUAAUAGUUAAAAAAGAAAUCCAAAAUGAUUAAGAUGAAGAUACUGGACUUUUGUCUGAAUAAUUGGAAACAUGCGAAUCUCAUAUUUCUUCAAAUUCAUUAACGAUCUCAAAUUCACAAAUCAAUUUGGCAUAAGCCUAAGAACAAGUAGGCCCACUAGAAUAAAAGUUAUUUGAUAAAAGUCAUCAGGCAGAGGAUAAGGAAGGUGAGGAAUAGAGAAACAAAUGAUAUAUUAAUAAGUUGAUUUAGUAAAGAUAAGAAUCUGGAUAAUAAUUUGAAAGUAAAAGAGAUGAAUUAACAUCAAUUGUUGGAACAUUUAGUGAAGCUAAAAAAAUUAUAUCUUCCAUUAAGGCAGAUCCAACUGCUUUAAUUUAAUUGAAAAACCAUAAGAAUAAUAUAUUAAAUUAGAUAUAAAUAUCAUCCAUAUUCUAUACUUUGAUUCAUUCAACCUAUCUCUAAUUCAAUAAGGAACAAGCCAAGAAAAGUCAUUAGAAUUAUUGACGAUUUAAUC